AUGUCGUCCUUUGACCACGCCCUCCUCGUUCCCAGCUCCAAGCGCUUCACGCUCUUCCCGAUCCAGUACAAUGACAUCUGGACCAUGUACAAGAAAGCCGAGGCCUCCUUCUGGACCGUCGAGGAAGUUGAUCUCGCCAGAGACCCGCCCCACUGGCAGCACAAGCUCACCGACAACGAUCGCUUCUUCAUCAAGCACAUCCUCGCCUUCUUUGCCGGCUCGGACGGUAUUGUCAACGAGAACCUGUGCGGCCGCUUCUAUGCCGAGACCCAGCUCCCCGAGGUCCGCGCCUUCUACGGGUUCCAGAUCAUGAUGGAGAACAUCCACUCGGAGAUGUACGCCCAGCUGAUCAACACCUACAUCCUGGACACGGAGGAGCGCACUCGCCUAUUUGGUGCUAUCGAGACCAUCCCCUGCAUCCAGAAGAAGGCCAACUGGGCCAUCAAGUGGAUCGAGGACCAAGACGCCCCCUUUGCCCAGCGCCUCCUCGCCUUUGCCGCUGUCGAGGGCAUCUUCUUCUCGGGUGCCUUUGCCUCCAUCUUCUGGCUCAAGAAACGCGGCCUCAUGCCCGGCCUGACCUUCUCCAACGAGCUGAUCUCGCGCGACGAAGGUCUCCACACUGACUUUGCAUGCUUGAUCUACUCCAAGCUCACCGAGAAGCCCCCGGCCGAGACCGUCACGGCCAUCAUCUUGGACGCCGUCGCCAUCGAACAGGAAUUCAUGACCGAGUCUCUCCCCUGUGCCCUCAUCGGUAUGAACGCCACUCUCAUGAAGCAGUACAUUGAGUUUGUCGCCGACCGCCUCCUCGUCGCUCUCGGCUACCCCAAGCUCUACAACGCUCUCAACCCCUUUGACUUUAUGGAGCUCAUCUCUCUCCAGGGCAAGACUAACUUUUUCGAAAAGCGCGUGGGCGAGUACAGAAAGGCCGGUGUAUUGGGUGGUGUGCCUCAGGUCUUUGACCUCGAAGCUGAUUUCUGA